AUGUUGAUUUUUCACAAAAAGAUGAAGUCCUCUUCUAGCUUUGGAUUAUUGCCGAGAGAUACGAAGCACAGAAGAUCAUGGCUGUGCAGCCCCUUACCUGUUGCUACACUGUUCUUUCUCUUGCUCGUAGCAGGGAGCGUAUUUAUAGCCUUACAAAGCAAACAGAAAUUUUUGAAAUGGAAUUUGGAGGAGAGCUUUCAAGAGUCUACAUGUAAGAACCAAUGCAGGCCUCCAGGAAGUGAGCCAUUGCCUAAAGGUUUCAUUGCAAAGACUUCCAACCUGGAAAGACGACCAUUAUGGGGUUCGCCAAAGAAACUGAAUUCUUCAAGAAGUUUGUUCGCUCUUGCCAUUGGAAUAAAACAAAAAGUGACAGUGGACAAGAUGGUGCAGAAGUUCGUGGAAAGCAAUUUUGCUGUGAUGCUUUUCCAUUAUGAUGGUAUUGUUGAUGGAUGGAAGGAUUUUGAAUGGAAUGAUAGAGUUAUACACGUAUCUGCUCUGAACCAAACAAAAUGGUGGUUCGCCAAAAGGUUUCUACAUCCAGACAUUGUAGCUGAUUACGACUUCAUUUUCCUCUGGGAUGAAGACAUUGGAGUGGAAGAUUUCAGCCCUGAGAGGUACUUGUCAAUUGUGAAGGAAGAAGGGCUUGAGAUAUCACAACCAGCACUUGAUGUUAGCAGAUCGGAGGUGCAUCAUCAAAUUACUGCACGUGGAAGAUCAAAUGUGCACAGGAGAAUGUACAAGCAGGGUGGUAACGGAACUGGAUGUGAUGAUGAAAGUUCGGCUCCUCCUUGCACGGGGUGGAUAGAAGUUAUGGCUCCUGUUUUUUCAAAAGCUGCGUGGCGCUGCGUAUGGUAUAUGAUCCAGAAUGAUUUGAUCCAUGCCUGGGGCUUAGACAUGUACCUUGGCUAUUGUGCACAGGGGGACCGAACACAAAAAAUUGGUGUGGUAGAUGCCGAAUAUAUUGUACAUUAUGGCCUUCCUACACUUGGAGAGCCUGAGAUGAAGCCAUAUGCUCCUGAAAUGACGAACUUGGAGAAGAUGAAACCACGGGAAUCACCCCCUCCUAAAGUAGUCAACUUUAGAAUUGAAGUAAGAAGACAGUCCUUCCGAGAGUAUAAGGUAUUCAGAAGGAGAUGGAUGAAAGCAGUGGAGGAGGACUCUUGUUGGACUGAUCCAUACACUGAACCCAUCAAAGAGAUCACCCUAUAA